AUGGACCAGAAGACAAGCCCGUAUUGUGCAAUGCUUGUGGAUCAAGAUACAAGAAAAGGGGAAUCCAUGGACUUGAGGACUAUCUGCCCAAACAUACUCAACCUGAAUGGAAAAAGAGCACGUUUAUGGAGCACUAAGAUCCCUACCAGGAAACGUUCAGAGGUGGUGUACAAGGACAUAACACCAAUGGAGAGGUUCCAUAUGCAACUUCUCAAGAUGUCAGAAAGUCACGAGUCAACCUCAGAAGAGGUCUUGCUGUUGAAUAACGUGAACAACUUCAUACCUAGUGAUGAAAUAGGGCUUGGAUGUGUUCUUCUUAAACCAGAUGCAUGA